CACAUAUCUAAUGCACAGUCGACCGUUGGAGAAGUAGAAGUCCUAGGACCCCAAAAACUCUGCAAGAUAAACACCAGUAGGGCAUCGCAUCUCACCAUCUGUAUCUUCUUGAACCAAGUAGAAACAAACAAUGGUGACAAUAAACAAUGCGAGCACAGAAUCCCCAGCAGCAGCACCUGAACAGAACGUUCUUCAGCAGAGCAAUGAGAGGAAGAUGAGUGAGUAUGAAAGAUGCAGAGAAGAGAGAAUCAAAGAGAACUUGGAGAGGAUGAAAAAGCUGGGAAUUCUCGAUCUCUCUCUCAAACUCAAAGCUUCUGCCAAGCCCAAGAGGAGAUGCAACAAUGGGUCGGGUCAGAAGACCCCUCAGCGUGAGUCUCCUGUCAGCCGCCAUGUGGGUCCUGUUCGGCGCUCUUCAAGGUUGGGUAGUGUGACGCCAAUUAGCUACUCAGAACUUCCACUGUCGAAGAAAGACUCAUUUGAAACUGACGAGGGGCUACUAAGAAAGGGCCCUAGACCAGAGAUUUACACAGAAGAUCAGCUGAAGCUGUUAGGUUGCUCAAACACUAGUUGGACUCUCUUUGUGGAUGGCUAUGGCAAGGAUGGAAAGCGGAUUUAUGAUCAGAUUCAUGGAAAGACUUGUCAUCAAUGCAGGCAGAAAACACUUGGUUACCGCACACGAUGUAGCCAAUGUUGCAAGGUUCAAGGCCAAUUUUGUGGAGAUUGUUUAUAUAUGAGAUACGGAGAGAACGUAUUUGAAGCAUUGCAGAACCCAGACUGGAUUUGCCCCGUUUGUCGUGGAAUUUGCAACUGCAGUUUAUGUAGAAACGCAAAGGGGUGGGCUCCCACUGGUAUGAUGUACAAGAAGGUCACAAGACUGGGCUUCAAAUCAGUUGCACAUUAUCUUCUUCACACGGCAACCGAUUCAGAAAAGGAGGGUACUAAAGUUCCAGGUUCUGCAAAGAGAUCACUGGCCUUUUCAAGUACAGAAGCAACUUCCAUUAACAUGGAAUCAGUUGUUUCUAAGGAUAACCUCAAAGAAUCAGCGGAAAAGGAGUUUGAAAAGGAUAUGAUUAAUGAGAAUCACAAAGGUGAUACUAACGAUCAAGGAUCAUUAAUGCCUAAACCUAAAGACAAUUGCCAACAUGAUGAAACCAAUAUGGAUGGACAUGUUGACACUGAAACUAGAGAAGGCACUGUGAAAAUGAGUGCUAAUGUAGAAAAAAACAAGGAAGACGGUGCUGAUAAGAUGAAUGAGAAUCACAAGGGUGAUGCUAUUGAUCAAGGAUCAUCAACGCCUAAGCCUAAAGACAAUUGCCAGCAUGAUGAAACCAAUAUGGAUGGACAUGUCGACACUGAAACUAGAGAAGGCACUGUGGAAAUGAGUGCUGAUGUAGAAAAAAACAAGGAAGACGGUGCUGAUAAGAUGAAUGAGAAUCACAAGGGUGAUACUAUUGAUCAAGGAUCAUCAACGCCUAGGCCUAAAGACAAUUGCCAGCAUGAUGAAACCAAUAUUGAUGGACAUGUUGACACUGAAACUAGAGAAGACUCUGUGAAAAUGAGUGCUGACAUAGAAAAAAACAAGGAGAUCGAACAUUGCCAUAGCAUCAUUGCCAAGAAGAAUGUUACUGCGUCUAAGAGAAAAACGCCAGUACGCUCUGAACCAAUGCCUGACAGUAUUGGUGCAAGAUUAAGAGCUGCCAAAAUAAGUGCUAAUGCGGCUACAAACAAGGAAGAAAGUGUUCAGAACUUGGAGAACAAACACUGUGAGAGCAGUGUUGCCAAGAACACCACAGCUUCUAAGAGAAAGACGGCAAAUAGCUCUGAACCGAUGCCUGACAGUAUCGGUGCAAGGUUAAGGGCAAGACGUCGACUCUGUUCGCCAUAGUGGGAGGACUAUUCACCUUUAGAUGAAACAUUUCUGGUAUAACUUUCAAGGAUUUUAAGCUUUUCUUGUUUGCUUUGUCCUACGGGGGCCGGGGCUGUAGUGAAGGCCAGUAGUAGCAUGACUGAUGUUAAAACAUGAUAUUUUUUGGUACAAGGACGUGAUUUGUCCAUGCUAUUUA